AUGAAUUCUAAUGAACCUGUAGCAACUGCCCCAGAAGAAGUACCACAACCGGCACACAAACCUAGUAGACAGAAAACAAAUGUGGCUUGUGCGCAUUGCCACCAAAUUCUUGAGAAGGAAAAAAAUGCUUUGGUUAGCAUGUACUAUGAUAAAAUUAUCAGAGGUGGUGGAAUUAAUAGGAUGAAGGGACAUUUUACGCGAGAUCCAGGGAAAGUGUAUCAAUGCCCUAAAGUGCCUGACGAAGUUCAAGUGAAAAUGCAAGCAAGCAUUUAUGAGGUCAAAGUCAAGAAAAGAAAAGUUGAAAGAGAGUAUAAGGAAAGUAAUUCAGUUGAUGGACACUCUAUGACACCCGAUGAAAGAGUGGAAGAGGUUGCAAUGCCAGAACCACCACCUUCUAAAUCUCAAAAGGGGAAGGACACUGGUCGCAUGACUGGUUCAGGGUAUAAAGCUCUAAUCUUUCAUAGAGUUCGUGAUUUCUUGUUGAAUAAAUGGGUUGAUGAGACAAAGAAACUUGUUGAGAGUUAUCUUGAUGUUUGGAGGCGAAUUGCUGAUAUGCUUUUUAAGCUCUUUAAGGAAGUUAUUUUAUAUAUUGACCCUGGAAUUUUUGUUCAAGUAGUGACAGAUAAUGCUGCAAACUAUGUUGCUGCUGGCAGGUUAUUAGAGGCUGAGUUUCCCAAGUUAUAUUGGUCUCCUUGUGCUGCACACUGUGUUAAUUUGAUGUUCCAAGACAUUGGGAAGGUAGCGGAAGUAACAGAGACUGUGUCACAAGCUUAUAAUAUUACCAAGUACAUCUAUAAUCACUGCUUUGCAUUGAGUUUGAUGAGAAAACAUACAAAUAAUAGAGAAAUUCUUCGCCCAGCCCCAACUCGCUUUGCCACUAAUUUUAUUGCAUUGCAGAGUAUUUUGGCUCAAAUGGAUCCACUAAGAGCCAUGGUGGUAGAUAAGGAAUGGACAACCUCAACCUAUGCUAGAGAUACCAAGGUAAAGAAAUUUGUGGAGCAAGUCUUAAAUUCUGGGUUUUGGAAGAAAUGUGCUGAUAUUGUGAAACUAACGAAGCCACUUGUUAGAUUGUUGCGUCUUGUUGACAGUGAAGAUAAACCUACCAUGGGUUUUCUUUACCAAUCUUUUUACAAAAAUAGAGAGGAGAUGGCGAAGAGGUUCCAAAGAAAUAAGAAGAAAGUGGAGCCUUACUUGAAAACCAUAGAUAACCGUUGGGAUUCUCAACUUCGUAAGAAUAUUCAUGCUACAGGUUAUUGGUUAAAUCCAGGUUGUUGGUUUAAUCGUGAUGAAUUUGAGAAGCAUGAGUCCACAAUAUCUGGCCUUUUAGAUGACAUUGAUAGAUAUUCUUCUGGAGAUACUGAGUUGAAUGAUAAGUUGACAAGUGAGAAGAGAUUAUUCAAAGAUGCUGAGUUAGACUUUGGAAGACAAAGUGUUAUUCGUGAAAGAAAGUUAUGCCAGAUAAAUGGUGGGAAUCUUAUGGAUGUGGUACACAAAAUAUGCAAAAGAUGGCUAUCCGUGAACCGGUUGAUGCAACAAAGUUAUGAUCCCAUCAAUUUUGAAGUAAGUGAUGACCAUUCUGAUUGGGUUAUGGAGGACUCACCACCAUUCUUAACUCUUGAGGAGGUGAAUGCAUUGCGUAAUGAUCUUGCCAACAUGACCAUCCAAUCAAUUCCUAAUGAUAUUGAUCUAAAUCUGAACUUGUUUGAUGAUGAUGAUGAUGCACAAGAUAACAUCAUUGAAAGUGCAAAUGAGAAUGAAAGUAAUGUUGGAGGAGGAGAAGCUUUUGGUCUAUUUGAUGAAGUGAUGCUUGACUUGGAUGAAACUUAG